CGACGACAAGUUGUUUUCUUGCUCGUCCAAUUUUCGCCUCCAGAGUCCAGUCCCUGCCUUCGGGAAUUCUCGGAUAAUAUACUUUCUAGAAUUUUCUGUCUUCUUCCCCACUCAAUGAUCUGUUCUAGUACCUUCCAAAUGAAAAAAUCUUAUAAUUUCCCCUUCCAAUUUCCUAAAUAAAAGCCCAUCCUUUCUUCUUCAAUCAUCAAGACAUUUCUCAGCGUCUUGUUGAAAACCAGAUUUCAAUUUCUCAUUAACUAAGCUUCUUUUCUCAUUUCUCAAGUUCUAAACAAUGGCGUACUCGGUUGCUCUUAAAAGGCUUGUCUCUUCAAACCUCAUUCCCUCUUCUCUCCGAUUGAUCCGCCCAGUAGCCACGACCCCAACGGGCUCUCGCCUUUUCAACACCAAUGCUCUCCGCGAGUUCGACAAUGAUGACAACGAGCGUGGUAGUGAAAUUGAUCGCCGUUCGGGUCGCUCUCUGUCCCGCCAUCGAGAUGAUUUCUUCUCAGGUAAUGUGGUGGACCCAUUCUUGCCAAGCAGGAGCCUGAGCCAAGUGCUCAACAUGGUGGACCAAUUCAUGGACAAUCCUUUAUUCUCUUCCUCCAGAGGAAUUGGAUCCGGACUUCGCAGAGGCUUCGACGUUCGUGAGACCGAUAAUGCUCUGAAUCUGCGGAUUGACAUGCCAGGACUAGGCAAAGAAGAUGUGAAGGUCUCCGUGGAACAGAACACUCUAAUCAUCAAAGGCGAGGGAGAGAAGGAAUCAGAUGAGGAAGAGAGCGGCAGGAGGUACACCAGUAGGAUUGAUCUACCGGAGAAAUUGUAUAAGACUGAUGAGAUCAAAGCGGAGAUGAAAAACGGCGUGUUGAAGGUGAUUGUGCCCAAGGUGAAGGAGGACGAGAGGUCUGAUGUGUUCCAUGUUAAGGUUGAGUAGAAAGGAGACUGGUGUUUGAGCUUUCGGUUAAAUGGGUUUUUGUGCAGGGUUAUCUUAGUAGAUUAACUAUUUUGGCAAAUAAAUAGGACUGACCUACUGUGGGUAGUUAAAUAUCUGAAAGUGUUGUUAUUUUGCUAAUGACAAGUUAGAGCCUGAUAUAUAUCUGAAAAUGGAUUUAUGUUUUGCUUUCCACAAGAGGAAAA